AUGCCGGCAGCGACCAUGUUUUCCAAGUUCAAAAGUGCGACGACCAGCGCGCCACCCCAGAACCCGUACGACAACAAUCCGAUCACGCAGUACUUUGAAAUUGGAAAACAGGUCGCGUGCGCCGGCCCGGAACUGAUCUGGAAGAUCCACGAGGGCUACCGGAAAACGGAUGGCAAGGAAUGCUCCAUCUUCGUGUUCGAGAAGCGAACGGCGGAAAAGCUGCACAAACCGAAGCGGAAGGAAACGGUUACGGAAAUUUUGCGCGCAUCCGUGAAGCAGCUCGAGCGAUUUCGCCACCCGAAGAUCCUGCAGAUCAUGCACACGGUCGAGGAGAGCUCGGAAACGCUCUCGUUCGCCACCGAGCCCGUCAUCGCCAGCCUGGCCAACAUCCUGGCCUACCAGGAAGCUGGUGGCACAAUUACGGGACCACCGAGCACGGGCGCUUCCGGUCAGCACUGCCCGAACAGCGUCCCAGCGAGUCGGCCAGCCCACGCUAAGGAGUACACGUUUCUGGACAUCGAGCUGAAGUACGGCAUACUGCAGAUUACGGAGGCACUCUCGUUUCUGCACUACUCCGGCCAAGUGAUACACAAAAACGUCUGCCCAUCGUCGAUCCUGAUCACGAAGAAGGGCACCUGGAAGCUGGCCGGAUUCGAGUUCACCGAGCGUACGAGCGAAACCGACGCCACCGAUCCCGUUCCUUGCCAGCCGUGGUCAACCAGAGCCUCGAAGCUGGUGCAACCGAACCUCGACUACAUGGCACCCGAAAUCCAAACCAACAGCAGCUGCAGCAUCCUGAGCGAUAUGUUCUCCCUCGGUAUGGUCGUUUGUGCCAUCUUCAACCAUGGCCGCUCGCUGAUCCAGUCUGGCAACUCGACCUCGACCUACCUGAAGCAGAUGGAACUGCUAGAUGAGGCCGUACACAACAUCCUGCCCAGGAUACCGAUCCCGCUUCAGGAGGCGACGACACGGCUGCUGAAAAAAUCGCCCGGUGCCCGCCCGACGGCUCAGCUGCUGACACUCAUCAAGUACUUCAGCGAUCCGGCCGUGCAGGCGCUGCAGUUCCUCGAUGUCAUCAACAUGAAGGAUCCGACGCAAAAAACGCACUACUACCGCAGCACGCUCAGAGAGGUUCUACCGUUUAUACCACGGAAACUCUGGUGGCAGCACAUCUGGCCUAAUCUGCAGCAGGAAAUGCGUGCCGAUGAAGUGUUGGCCGCCGUACUGCAGCCCGCCCUCACCUUGGUCCAAGAAUCUUCAAACACGGAAUAUGAAGCAAUCAUUUUACCUACCUUUAAGACUGUUUUUGUAGCUCCAAAAUCUAUACAAGCGACCGUAGCGUUAUUAGAAAACUUACACAUUAUUCUAGAGAAAACACCACGGGACGACAUCCGGACAGAGGUAUUGCCCCUGCUGUUCAACGCACUGGAAAGCACAACGAUACAGGUGCAGAGCGCGGCACUUGUGGCAGUGACGAACGUGUACGACUACCUGGACGACAUCACGAUCAAGAAGCUGGUCCUGCCGAAGCUAAAGUCGGUGUUCGAGAAGAACCAGAGCGAUCUGAAAAUCAUGGGCAACGUGCUGCAGUGCGUCGAGCGGACGUUGGAUAAGCUGGAUAAGUCCCAGAUAAUCGAUGAGGUGCUGCCGUUGCUGCUCGAAGUACGGCUCACCGAUCCGGACAUAGUGGUGCGCGUCGUCAAUAUCUACCGAAUCAUGCUGUGCGACAAAAAGUACGGCUUAACCGUAAACAUCAUGGCAACGAAGGUGAUGCCCACGCUGCUGCCCCAGACGGUGAAUCCGUCGUUAAAUCUGGAACAGUUCAUGAUCCUGCUAGAGGUGCUCCAAGAAAUGCUGGACCAAAUAGAUAGGCAACAACGUAACAAAUUGAAGCUGGACAAUCUAUCGCUCCCCUCGCCGGACCGGCAUCGACCGCUGCGGCAUCAGUUCUCGUCGGACAACAUGAACGCGCAGCAGUUCAACAUACCGAACCUGCGCAUCGAUCAGCGCAAGACGUCGAGCGCCGAGGAUAUGGCACGGAAGAACUCGACAGGAUCGGGUGCUCUAGGUAGCUGGUGGUUCGGCGGCUCGCCGUCCUCGCCGGACAGUAACUUCUUGCGUGUGGUGAAUGCGUUCCCGAACCGUCGAUUGUCUGACAACACGCUCAUGACGCCGAAGAUACGCAUCGCGCCAUCUUGUGCUUCGUCUCCGGGUGGAACCCCGGGCGGAGGGCUACCGAUAAGACGGCACUCUAGCAUUGGUCCGCAGGAACGACGAGGCUCCAACAUCAAUCUGUCACCACCGACUCUUGCACGGAGCAUGAUCGGAGGCUCGAUGCCGAACACUUCGAGCAGUGUUCCGUUCCUACUGUCGUCGAGCAUGCAGUCGAUCCGGAGCCGUCGUACCUCGACCGUGCUGUCGUCCGGUCCGCUCGGUUCCGGUUCCGGUCUGCUCCAACAGCUCGGUUCCGGCAUGCGACAGCUGUACGCACUAAUGACCAAAGAUAGAUUCACGAUCAGCAGCAAUAGUAGCACACAACCGGCAGCUCCCAAGCCGCACGCACACCUGUCGGCAUCCGCGACAUCCUUGAGCAGCACCAGCGGCUCCAGCGCCACCAUGGGCGUCUCCACCGUCGGUACGAUGAUCAAGCUCAGCAGCGGUGGAAUCGCUACCGUCACGAAUGCAAGUGCCGCUUCCGGUGGGCAUCGUGAGUCCCUUGGUUCCACGUCGUCCUUGACCGUCGCGAGUCAGUUUGCAAAAUGUCCACCCACGGGACUCGCCAUCGGCACCGUACCGGGUCGGUCCGGUAAUUCCGCGAUGGGUCCACCGAAUGUUGGUGGUCCGGCCACGGGUGCGGCCACACUUUCGACGCCAUUUUCUAGUCGCAUCGCUUCGCAGGCUCCACCGACGACGCUACCGAUUGGAGGCCCGUCAGCUCGGUCGAACUCUUUUGGGGCAAACGCUCAACGUUAG